UGUAACCCAACACGGAAGUGACGGCUCGCAUUCGCAGAAAGCGUUGUUUUGCUUCAUCUUCAGCUAACUUUCAGCCAAGUAGACACCUCUUUCACACUCAAACUUCAAAAUGUCUUCAGACUUUGAAGCCUACGAACAGGACUUUGGAACCCUGACAGCAGAAAUAACAAACAAAAUUGGAAGGAUUCCCAAAUUAGGUGGAAAGGAGAAGACACAGCUGGUUCUAAAUGUCGACAAACAGCUUGAAGAAGUCAGAGAAUUGAUGGAGCAGAUGGAUCUGGAGGUGCGUGAGAUCCCCAUCCAGAGCAGAGGCAUGUACCAGAGCAGACUGAAGAGCUACAAGGGGGAGAUGGAGAAGCUGGAGAAAGACUUUAAAAGGUCACGUAUCGCCUACAGUGAUGACGUGCGGAACGAGCUCCUGGGGGAAGACGCUGGCUCCUCGGAGAGUCAGUUGAUGAAGUUAAGUGAAGAGAGAGCACAUCUGUUGGACAACACAGAGAAGCUGGAAAGGUCAUCUCGGAGGCUGGAAGCUGGUUACCAGAUAGCAGUGGAAACCGAACAAGUGGGCCAAGAGAUCCUGGCUAACUUGCACAGUGACCGCGAGAAGAUCCAGAGAUCCAGAGACCGGCUGAGAGAGACCGAUGCCAACCUGGGCAAGAGCUCCCGCAUCCUAACGGGAAUGCUGAGAAGGUAAGAGGCAGAGGACCUGAGCCCUAGGACCAUGCCCCAGGACUACCUGACAUGAUGACUCCUUGCUGUCCCCAGUCCACCUGGCCAUGCUGCUGCUCCAGUUUCAACUGUUCUGCCUUACUAUUAUUUGACCAUGCUGGUCAUUUAUGAACAUUUGAACAUCUUGGCCAUGUUCUGUUAUAAUCUCCACCCGGCACAGCCAGAAGAGGACUGGCCACCCCACAUAGCCUGGUUCCUCUCUAGGUUUCUUCCUAGGUUUUGGCCUUUCUAGGGAGUUUUUCCUAGCCACCGUGCUUCUACACCUGCAUUGCUUGCUGUUUGGGGUUUUAGGCUGGGUUUCUGUACAGCACUUUGAGAUAUCAGCUGAUGUACGAAGGGCUAUAUAAAUAAAAUUUGAUUUGAUAUUGUGUUGCAUUACUGCUCUUCCUGGAGUGCUAACUGAUGUAUAGUUUGUGCAAAGUAUUGCUUUACUGCGUGUGGAGCUCAAACUUUAAUGUUAACAUUUGAACUGACAAAAGUUGUACCUUACCUGAAGUCAUGUUCUGUGACAUGAGUCGACCAGGGUAGAUGUACACGCUAGCUUGCCUAAAGCCAUACAUACUAGUCUACUGUUAAUGGGAGGUAACAGUCAACAUGGGCUCUUACUGAGACCUCCUCUAUAAAGUCCUCUGGACAGUUCAGGCUCAAGGCCUUGCUUUUCAAAAUGUUCACAAUAUCCUGAAGAGCCCAGUCCCGCAAAUGUUCUCAGUCUAACAGGCUUCGCAAUGAAUCUGUCACUUUAUGGAAACCCACCAACUCUCAGGAGCGAUGGGGCUUGCAACGCCAUCUUAGCAUUUGGGCCAUUUAAAUUGGGAACCACAGAGUUUGUUUAAACUUUCUUUUUUUAUGUUCAGUCAGUGUUUGAAAAUAGAACUGGGUUGGAGAACCGUUAGGGCUCAUGACAAGCAGAAUUACAGUACUGCUGUUGGUAACAUGGGACAGGAUACUUUCCCCGUCCAGCCCCAGGGCUAUUCAUGGGAUCUAGUCCAGGGGACGGAUGUGCCUGAUGCCCUUUAAACUGUCAGAAUGGCCAUUAUUGAGCUGCCCUUUCUCUCUCUCUCUAUCCCUCCCUUCUGGGUUUGAGCGCUUCUCCAUCCGACCCGGUGAAUAAAAUGAUUUUUUUCCCUCUUCCGAAUAUUGCUUUUUUUUAAUGGUAAACGUUAAGAUCCAGGAGCGGAUCAAUGGUUCUGGUCCUUUGAUGUGCCGAGACGCAUUACGACGGCCGACUUCUAAUUGGCCAGGAGAGCUGUAGGAUCGAUGUGGGCUGUAAUGGCUUGACACAGGAUGGGUUUUUAGACUUUAUUAUCAUUAAUAUUUAGACAUGACGUGGGAGGACCCGGCUGGGGUUAAAUGUACAGUGGCGGCGCGCGCCUUUGAUCUCGGAGAUAAGCUGAUCGAUUGGAGGGCUGGUGGAAUGAGGUCACAGGAAGCUCGACAAGAGAACGAGCAAAUGAGUGGCGGCGCCAGCCAGGCCCAGGGUUUUAUCGGAUUUCUCUGGGAAGUUUUGACUUGGAAGCUCAGAAAAAGGUCGCUCUUUCAUUAAAUAGUCUGCUUCAGAGAAGAGGGAAGAAGGUUGGUGACCGGGUUGACAUCCAUGACUCUUCAGUGUUAGAUGAACAUCACAAUAAUGACGCAUAACAUCUGUCUACUGUGCCUUCAUAACAACUAUGGUAUAAUUAUCCCUUUGUAUACAAGAGGUGUGAAAGAAGACACAAUCGCCACCUCUUUCAGCCUCUAACCUGAGCUGCGGUUUGUCCUUUUGUUAGGAUCUAUUGUUUUGGAGGUGUCUCUGAGAGUAGGACUCCAGAGUAGGACUCUCAUAGCGUCGCCACAGGGCCUGGGAUUACCCUUCUCAGGGGUGGUGCGUUGGGAGACUGGACAACCAGAGAGGAAAGAGGUGGAGAUGGCGCUCACUCCUAGAAGCUGUCAGUCAGGGUAUUUCUGUUGCGCUGAGCUGUUCCCAAAGGAUUGAUACCUUAGUCAUUGUACUUAGUGGGACAAAGAUCUGUAACAGGCAGGACAAUUGCUGUCGUCUCGGUUUUCGCCGCUGUGACCCAGUGCCUGACAUGGGACAAAGUGGAAAGGCCCCCAGGAUCCAGGCCACUGGAGCUGUUGAUACUGUACUGGAGAGGAGGGAGGGGAUGAGGUAAGGGGGGAGAAUUGUCCGUAGUAGUGUCAGAGACUGUGUCAUACAAAGACAACCGUGCUCUUUUACCACAUAUCUUCUCAAAUGAUGCCUUUAAAUCAAUGUGUGUUUGAGUGUCUCACCUUUUCAAGGAUUUGCGACCUUUUGACUCUUCCAUCACAGCCUAGUGUCUAUAUAACACGGGGAGCAAGAAAGGGCGAGGGUCUGUGAGUUGAAGGAGGAAUAGAGGAAUGCACAUUUAAAGGUGGAGGGCAAGAUAGGCAGAAGAAAUAGGACAUGUGGACAUAGUUUAUGGCUUGGAGGGCUACCCAAGUGAUAGAAACUAUGUUAAAACACAAAUAUAUAAGAAUAUACAAGAAAUAUAAAGCAAAUACAGUCACAUAAUAAGAGAGAACAUUGCCUUUGCAUCACACCAGACCAGAUGUCAUCCGCUUAGGAUAACAUUGACAUUAACUUGAACCCUCCAUCACAAAGUCCUCUUUAUUCUGUCAUAGCCGACUGUGACUGUGGGAACUACGCUUAAGUAAGUCAAUAACUCUUUACUGAAAGAGAGAGUCUCGAACUGAAAGCGGUCCCGUUAAAGGCUUCCGUGCUAAACCGUGUGGUACUACUGCUCACGGCUAGCUCAGUCUAUAUGCAUUUCUCUGAUUAUUUUCCCUGUGUGUCGUAUCAGUACAAUAUCAAGAGACCAAGGUACCGUUGUGAACAAACUGGUGUUGCACAACAACACAACAUUUUUCGGAUUGUUUCACCGGCUUGGGCAACGCUAGAUGAGGAUUGUAGUACAUGCAGAGUUCUAAAGCUAGCUGGUAUAGUCUUCAAGCUAAACAAUAUGGAAUGUACUACUUCACGGAAUGUAAUUACAUGCUAUUGAUUAUUGUCACCGAUGAAGCACGUCAAGUCCGAUGUUACAACCAGUGAACUCUGAGUAAACGUUUGUCUGCUUUUUGUAUUUCCAUCACCAAUGUUUAGGGUGUUUUUUAAAUUUUUUAUCCAGGAACUGUUUUGCCAGGAAGCUUGCAUUUGUAUGCCCUCACUUUUCAUGAUGUGUUUUCAGAAUAUGCGCUUGCGUGGAGAUGAGUAGUGUAGGUUUUGUGGGUGCACGAGUAUGUACGAUCACCGUUUCCUUCAGUGCGUUUCCACGAGUGCCUCAACAUGUCUUCACUGUGUUACAUUGUUGUCUGUGUGUGCGCGCCGUUGUGUUUGCGUGAGGGCAUGAGCGUGUGUGUGUGUGUGUGUGUGUGUGUGUGUGUGUGUGUGUGUGUGUGUGUGUGUGUGUGUGUGUGUGUGUGUGUGUGUGUGUGUGUGUGUGUGUGUGUGUGUGUGUGUGAGAUAAGAAAAA